AAUCAAACCGAAUCUUUGAAAUAUACACCUCCCCCUGAAUGAGAUAGCUGUAUAUUCAUAAUUAAUCCUUCUCCUCUAAGAAACUAGUAAUCUUCAAUCCUUUCUGUACACCCAUUAAUACUUAGCGAUCGGAGGUGAAGAAUACGACAGUCAAUACUCAAAGAGACGUUCAAUUUUGAGGAAGAAAUGUCUGAAGACAAGAAAGAUCGAGGAUUUAUCGCCGCCAAUUAUCCUCCGCAGAUACAGCCGUCGUCGAAUAUGUAUGGAACUUUCCAAGGAGUGGCGAAUUAUCCUCCUCAACCCGCUAUCGGUUUCCCUCAACCCGCACCGCCUCCAGGAGCCUCUGCUACACCGCCGCCGCAGUACUAUGCUCACGGUUAUCAGACCGUUACAGGUUAUGCCAUUACUGACGAAUUGCCUGUGAGAGAGCGCCGCCUUUUUUGCUGUGGCAUUGGAAUGGGAUGGUUCUUGUUCAUAAUUGGCUUCUUCCUUGCUGGAAUCCCCUGGUAUGUUGGAGCGUUUGUGACACUUUGCAUUAGAACAAUUGAUCACAGAGAGAAGCCUGGAUAUGUUGCAUGUACUUUGGCUGCUGUUCUUGCGACCAUUGCUAUUCUUUUCGGUGCAACAUCAUAGGACUGGGGGUGGGAUUGAUUUGUGAGGUGUGGAAAGUAUAGGCUGGUUCAACUUGAUGUGGAUGAAGGGAAGUUAUGUAAUCACUACUGUUAAAUACUCUAAUUAUAGCCUCUAGAUGUGGCUUUCCUGAACCUGAGUAGGAAAUAAAGCAUUUGUUUGUUAUCUAUUACAUUUGAUUGUGUGAAGUUUGGAAAUGGUGAAACAAUAUUCUGUAAUAACUCUUUGUCUGUUC